GACAAUGCGACGAAUUGCAUGGGAAGAGCAAGUAGAAUAAAACAGAAGGAUGUUGGAAAGGGGGUGUAAGCUAGUUGAUGCUGUCGGUACUGUGUGUCACGAAUCAGUGUUAUUAACGUAAUGUGACCGUCCAAAUGACUAAAUAAUACGGUUGUACUCCAGUAGACGCCAAGAAGAAUAGAGAAUGCCUGCUACGUGCAACAACAAAGAGAACAUCUCAGUCGUAGCCUGGACUUGAGAUAUCAAUAACCCUGAACACGACAAUCCUGUAACGAUAAACAGUGCAAUCGGUGGCGUCAGUAGAGGCGAAAAUGUCGUGUUCGAACGAUUUAUCCCGGUGCCAGGAAUAUCUCAGCUUCCGCAGCUCCAUUCCGCUUCGGAAAAUCAUUGUCGACACUGAUGGCACUAAGGGAUGGAAAGUAUACGAUUCCAGUCCGAAAACCAUAAAAUGCCCACUAAUAUGUCUUCCACCAGUUAGCGGAACGGCGGAUGUAUUCUUUAAACAAUUAUUGGGCUUGGCAGCCAAGGGAUAUCGAAUUAUAUCAGUGGAAGCACCGGUAUACUGGAACAUCAAGGAAUGGUGUGAUGGAUUUCGAAAACUUUUAGACUACAUGGAAUUGGAUAAAGUGCACCUAUUUGGCGCUUCAUUAGGUGGCUUCCUGGCUCAAAAGUUCACCGAGGUUACCGCUCACUGUCCUAGAGUAGCGUCAUUAAUACUCUGUAACACCUUUACAGAUACAUCGGUAUUCAGUUACAACGAUUCUGCGGGAGUGUUUUGGAUGUUACCCUCAUUAGUCUUGAAAAAAAUGUUGAUGGGGAACUUCGUGACGGAUAAAGUCGACAGCGAGAUGGUCGAAGCCAUAGACUUCAUGGUGGAAAGGUUGGAGAGUCUGACGCAACCAGAGCUAGCAUCUCGAUUGACGAUAAAUUGCGUAAAUUGUUACGUGCAACCACAAAAGAUAUGUCAUUUGCCCAUCACGAUUAUAGAUGUGUUCGAUGAAUACGCCCUAUCAAACUCAGUAAGGGAAGAGAUGUAUAAAUGUUAUCCGAACGCUAAAUUAGCGCACCUAAAGAGCGGCGGGAAUUUUCCAUAUUUAAGUCGAUCAGCAGAAGUCAAUCUACAUUUACAGAUUCAUUUGAGGCAAUUCGAAGGUACGGAGUACGCCGCCUCUGAAAAAACGAAGUUAUAGCAUGAAAGCUCGUCAGAAUAAAAGUUCCUCGACUCACUUCCCAGUGAUGAACCAAAUUUCUAUUUCGUCCAUGACGAGGAACAUUGGACUACAUGAUUGUAGUAGCAAUCUCGAGACAGUUCUACGAAUGUUAUCUCCAUCGUCCACAUCAGACUUUCUGAAGUAUUCUAUAUUCUAUGUACAUACAUAUAUCGCAUUCAGUCUUACGAAGCGUUCACUCCAUUUUUAUCGAUACUUGCGAAUAUUUCGUACUGUUAUAUUUUUUAAGGAAAUGUUUAUCUAUUCUAAGACGCUUUGAGUCGAAGAUGGAUUCGAAACCCCAGAAAACCUGUAUGAUAUCCUCGAUCGACCGGGGAGCAACUUCUGUACCAAAAAAAUCGGAGAAAUGUGUUCAUUCGAGGUACGCAAUACGAAAUUAAGGUCAGGCAUACGACCGCGUAAGUAAUUCAGUUACGAACUCUGUAAACGUAUGGGAUGUGGCGUAUACCGUGUAUUCAAUUAAUGUCAAUGGUACAUU